GGGCGGCCGCGCUCGCCGAGCAGCGGGAGGGCCGUGCCGCUCACCUCUUAGCCCGGACCGCCGCCGCCCUCCUUUCCCCACCCGGCCGCCGCCAUGGCGGAGACCGAGGAGCGGAGCCUGGACGACUUCUUCGCCAAGCGUGACAAGAAGAAGCGGAAGGAGAAGAGCAGCCGAAGCGCCGCCGCCGCUGCCGCCUCUAGCGCUUCCAACGCCGGCUCCAACGCGGCGGGCGCGGCCGCGGGGACUCCGCGACCGUCUGAGGGCGGCGGCUCCGGGGCCGCCGCCGCCUCCAGCGCCGCCGGCGGUUCCUCGGCCAAGGCGGCGAGCAAGGAAGAGGAUGAUUGGAAGGAGUUUGAACAAAAGGAAGAAAUUGAUUAUAGCGGUCUUAGAGUUCAGUCCAUGCAAAUAAGUGAAAAAGAAGAUGAUGAAAGUGAAAAAAGAGAAGAACCUGGUGACAGCUGGGAAGAGACUGGUAGUGGUGGUAGUGUAGACAGAUCAUCUGGUCCUUGGAACAAGUCAGCUCCUGCCCCAGCCCCCGUCGUUGAACCAAUUGUUACAGAAACUCCAGAACCGGUGCAGACCGGCGGCGUGUACCGGCCGCCGGGGGCCAGGGAAGGCGGGCGGCCACGGAGAGCACAGCAGGGACCCCCAGAGAUCUACAGUGACACGCAGUUCCCCUCACUGCAGUCCACCGCCAAGCUCGUAGACAGUCGAAAGGAUAAAGAAAUGGAGAAGAGCUUUGAAGUAGUAAAAUACAAAACUAGAGGUAGGGAUGAGGUCUCAAAAAACCAGGCACUUAAACUUCAGCUAGACAACCAGUAUGCUGUGCUUGGGGAUCAGUAGAGCUGCACACACAUUACAAUUAAGGAAUGCUUUUUUGGUAACCCUUCUACUAAGGUAACUAAACUACAGCUAACAGCUAUGAUGAACGUGCCACCUUAUUUCUGCUGGAUCUACUGCAGCAAGGCAGACUGCUUUGACAUAAGUGAUUGGUUCUCCUGCACUAUGGAAGCAUAAUAUGUUGCAACUUCUCCAUUGGAUAUGGGGCAAAUUAAUGUAAAUGAUUGAACAAGAGUCAUCAGUGUGCUUUAAUUGCUCAGAAAGAUACCUACAGCCAGUGGUCAUUUCAAAAUCUUUUUAUGUUCAGAUACUGAGCCUUCGUAAAGGUUGACUACCUCAGACUUGAUGCACUCAUUGUGGACACCAUGUGGAUCACAACUUCUGGAAGAGAAGGUUACAGCUGUUUUAGUGGCCAUCUGAAACUUGAAACCAGCUCUACUGGAUUCCUGUCAGAAAUCCUGCAGAAGUCAGCCAUUUGGUUCCAAUUUGCUAUAACAAAGAUUUAAGUGACCUUAAUGACAAACCUGUUCGUUCCCCUUCUGAGGAAUCCUGUCACGUGUAGCCAUAGCCUACUAGAGACUUCUGGAAUGUCCCAUACCACUCAUACUGUCCAAGUACAACAGAGCUGUAGUUUGUUUACCUUUCUAGAGUGCUGUACGGAAGUAACUGCGAAACAAAUUAAAACUCAUUCAGUAUCAGAUUUGAGGAAUGAUGGAUUUGAAUGGUUUGUUUGCAUUAGCCAUUUUCUAAGUUGUCUAAGUAUUUUUUUUUCUAUUAUCCACAAAAGAAAUGCCUGCCUUGUUUCUGAUAUCGAUUUGCAGUAUAUUUAAAUAAUGGUAAAAUGUUGUAAUGAAAUAGGGUUUUAUUUUGGUUUUUGUCAUGAAGUUUGUCUUUCUCACCCUAAAGCACUAAGACUUGGAGUUUUGAUUUGACACAGAGGUAUCCAGAAUCCAACUACAGUCUUCAGAAUUUGUCCUUUAAUAAUGAGACAUGUGGCAGUAGCGAUACUAGAUAAAAACUGUCUUCUGUCAAAAACAAUUAUUUGUUUGUUGAAGAGUGAUGCUUACUUGAUGAACAGAUUAACUUAACAUACAGAGAGAUAACUAAAGCUGGUAAGCCUGAUUGUUUGGCUACUUCUGUGAAGCAUGCAGCUGUCUGAGGCAGCAGUCCUUCAGGUAUAACUCAUAAAUGGUGUUCAUUCACAGUCAGAAAGUUUAGUAAUGAUGGAAGGCAGUGACUUCUUAAAGUUACUUAAUUUAGUGGAAGUAGGCAAAAUGGCACUGGUACACGAGGAAUAUAGGACAUUGCCUGUAACUGUUUCAGUGAACCAAACCUGUCAAGUACCAGAAGUGUUGUGCUGUAACUGCUUUUCUCUUCUCUGAAUUUUUACACCAGAAAUGAAGUACAAUAGUGGUGUGCUCCAGUGUUGAGGUUUCUCAGAGUAAAUGCCAAAAAACACACCCAACAUCCAUAAGAGUUGCCAAUGGCAAGAAAAACAAGGGAACAAAACAAAGCUUGCUUAUGUGUGUCAGAGUACUGUGUAUGUGCAGAAGAUAAGGAUAGUUCAGGAAUCACCCAGUUGGGUUCCCUUUGACUAACUGCUGACUUGCUUUAAAUUUACUUCUCUGAGGUCAGUGCAGAUUUUGCUGUUGACUUCAGUGGGGUUGGGAUUUCACCUGGUUCUUUUGAGCACAGACUAAAACUGGCCUUGCCCUUGCAGAGUUAACUGUCCAUAAAAAUUCUGCUAGAAGCUGCUAUUAAAGAGAGGGCUCAAGAGACUAUUCCUAAAGUUGGAGACUUCAUUUGGAAGCAAAACCCCACUGAAAGACUGAUACCAAUACCUUGGAGCCCUGUAUCUUCCUCGAAAAUCCAUUGUUGCCAGCAAAAGUGUUGUCACAAUUUCUGUGGAAUUCAUGGUAAAUGGACAUGUCACUUGAUGGGGUAGAGAUGUGAAGUCUUAUGCUUUUCCUGAUGCUCUAAAGAGAUUGCGAUCGCUAAUGCACAUGAAUAGAGUUUUAGUCUCCUGUGUGAAGGGUGGAUGAGACUGUCCAUUGUACCACCUUUAUCUGAGGUUUUUGGGCAUGAAUCCUGGCAGUUCAAGAAAACCCUGUAAAAGUUUCAAAUCAAAUAAAAUGGAAAUAUACAUGGA